AUGAAUGAUGACUUCCAUGCCAUCAAUGUCACAGGAAACAGAUUGACACUGCGCAGCAAUACAAACCUGGGGAUAUUCAGCAAGGGACGGUCUUCUUCAACAACCAAUCACCACAUAAACACCUCGGCAACUGCUCUUGCAAAGGCUGCACCAAGCGUCAAGUUCCACAAAUAUGUCGCAGAAUCGGACCUUGCCUUCUCUGAGAUGAAAUUUCUGCGUCGGAGGAAUAAUCUCAGCCCGUAUCCCACCUCUACCGCCAGAGACACUCUGGAUGGACAGCAUGAGAGAGAGUACCAUCCACGAGAGCAACAGUUCGAUGAUCCUGCGCAUGACUCUAAGCCCGACGCUUCCUACUCGAAAAAAAAGGUGCUUGGUAUGAAACGCCAACUUGACUCCUCAGUCACACCGCUGUUCACAUUUGAAGAGGCCCCUGGCAGCGAGUUUUCCCCUGUUUCCAGCCACUCUCGGGGUGUUUCCCUGGAGCCUCGCAACAAAAGAAGAAAGAUAUCAGAAGAAUCUUCAUCUAUUCCAUACACUUGGGAUGAAACCGAGGUGGACAACACGGAACAAAGCCAUGCCCUCGAACAACACCUGCUGAACCUACUGCAUGUCGGAGUAUAUCCGCAAGUGUUAUGCUCUGAGAUUACAAGCACCGCCUUGGUCAGACGGUAUUGGAGUCUCGCUGAACUAUGGGCACUGUUAGAAGAGAGAAAGGCAUCAUGGUCGAACGAAGCUGGCAACAAAAAGCGAGCUUCACCCGAACCCAACACGGAGCAGCUAGCUACAGCCGAAGCCGAAUCCGCUAUACAGGAGGUCCACGAGGUCCCCGAGCUCGAUACAACAGACCCUGUGGAACUUAUCAAUGUCGAUAGUAUUGAAAACGGAAUGUCCAAGAAAGUCCCGGAUUCGAACGUCACUUGUGAAGCCGCUUGCAGUGUGAGCAACAAUCUAUCACCGCAACCACCUUUAGUUCUCGAGCAAGAGCAAGAGCAAGACGGAUCAUGUCAAGCUUCAGAUAAACCGAACUGUCUAGAUCUCCAGGCUAUCAAGACACUAGAAAGCCAAGAUCGGUUCAUAGACAUCUUGAAUGAGGAUCAGUGUGAGCCUUUGCCCCAGGAAUCGACGGAGAAUGAAGUUGUUUUCCCUGCAUCCGUACCAGAGGUCGAACAGCCGCAUAUUUCUGACAUCGAGGUUUAUGAGCUGGGUCGGGUCGAUGAUGAUGAUGUGUUCUAUCGCACGCUGGAUGCUGCUUAUUCCGCCAUCGUGCGCCCUGGGGUUGCAGCAGAAGUUGCAUCAGAUUUACAGCAGUUACUUGAAUCCCCGGAACUAAACGCCACUGAUCUUCCGAAUAGCCCCGAGUCGACUAGUAUUCGGCACUCCGAUAUUCCUACCCGGAAGGUAGAGCUAGGGCAUUUGGCAACGGUCUCCCAAGAUGCCACACAAGAACGAUUUGAUGAAUGGCCGUCUGAGCCUUCUUGUCAACUGAAACUACCAACCAGUCAUUUCAAUGAUCCUUGUGUUGAACUGAAUAAUGAUAUGCCGUGGUUGACUGCAGGAUACGGCGAGUCACAACCGCGUGCAUCAACUGAAAUCGAUGCACGACAGAGUCAAGCUCCAGAAUUAUCUGAUUUCUGGCGGCAGAACAAACUCUAUUGA